AUGACCGUCACCAAGAAGGAGUACAUCCUCGCCGUCGACGUGGGAACGACCUCGACGCGCGCCAUUCUCUUCGACGAGACGGCUGAGGCCAUCACCACCUCGCAGACUGAGUACGACCAGAUCUACCCCCACCCAGGCUGGCACGAACAGCGCCUCGACGACCUAAUCGGCACAGUCAACGCUUGCCUCGAAGGCGUCGCUGAGAAGCUUCCGGGCCUCGGCAUUAGCAAGAGCGACAUCCCGGUGAUCAGUAUCACCAACCAGCGUGAAACCGCAUGUGUUUGGUCCAGGAGCACUGGCAAGCAGCUCUUCAACGCGAUCGCUUGGCCCGACACUCGCAACACUGUGACUGUCAGGCAGCUCUCGUACAAGUCGCCCAAGGGCCUUGACGCGCUCAAGGAGAAGACAGGUCUCCCGCUUUCAACCUACUUCUCCGGCACCAAGCUCCGCUGGAUGCUCGACCACAUUGCCGAGGUCCAGGAGGCUCACGAGAAGGACGACCUCAUGUUUGGCACGGUGGAAUCAUGGGUGCUGUGGAACCUCACGGGAGGCCUCGACGGCGGUCUCCACUAUACCGACAUUACGAACGCUUCGCGCACAAUGUUCAUGUCGCUCAAGGAGUUGGCCUGGGACAAGGACUGCCUCGAGUUCUUUGGCGUCAAGGAGUCGUGUCUUCCUAAGAUUGUCUCGAACGCCGAGGUGUACGGCAAGAUCAAGUCUGGCCCAUUCGCCGGCACCCCCAUCGCAGGCAUGAUUGGUGACCAGCAAGCUGCCCUCGUCGGUAACAAGUGCAUUGAGCUUGGCUCUGCAAAGAACACGUAUGGUACUGGUGCCUUCAUGCUCUUCAACACCGGCGAGGAGAUUGUCCCCUCCAACUACGGUCUUCUUACGACUACUGGCUACCGUGCUGGUCCCAAGGCCACCCCUGUCUACGCUCUCGAAGGAUCGAUCGCUGUUGCCGGUUCGUCUGUCAAGUGGCUGCGUGACCAGAUGGGCCUCAUCCAGGAGACGACCGAGAUCAAUGGGCUGGCCGAAAAGGUCAAGGACACUGGUGGCAUGUACUUUGUCCCCGCGUUCUCUGGCCUCUUUGCUCCCUACUGGGAUGACACUGCGGCCGGCACCGUCGUCGGCAUGACUGCCUACACCAACAAGAGCCAUAUGGCACGUGCUACUCUCGAGGCUACUUGCUUCCAGACCCGUGCCAUUCUGGAGGCCAUGGCCAAGGACUCCAAGAAGCGUCUUCAGGUCCUUCGCGUCGAUGGUGGAAUGACCAACAGCGACAUCUGCAUGCAGCUUCAGGCGGACAUUCUGGGCAUCGAGGUUGAGCGCCCCGUCAUGCGCGAGUCGACUGCCCUCGGCUCGGCCAUUUGCGCCGGUGUCGCCAUGGGCCUGUUCGGCUGGGACCUCUCAAAGCCCGAGACACUCGCCAAGGUCAACGUCACCGGCAAGACCACGUUCAAGCCCGAGAACGACGAGGCCGACCGCGCCAAGCGUUGGAAGGGAUGGGAGAAGGCUGUCUCGCGUGCCCGUCACUGGAACGACGAAACUGGCCUGGUUUCCCGUACACCGGGUGCGUUUGAGUCCGACGAGCUUCAGGUCCCGCCCAACAAGUACUGA